UUCAUCCCUUUGCACACACUACCUGCUCUGUAAUGCAGGGCUGCUCUGUGUGACACUCCUCUGCAAAGAGUCUAUUUCUCAGCAAAACUCUUCACGAAAUGAAAUGGAAGACAUUGAGCGGGUAUCUCUCCUAGCACUGCAAUAACAAAGGUGCCAACUCCUCCAUGCGAACAGAUACUCAACAUGGACACAUUAAGUGAUCAUGGAUGGUCACCAAUACACUAUGCUGCCUACAAAAAUCAUGUAUCACAAGUGGAACGCAUUGUCGAGUCAACAGGGCCAGAGAUUCUUGAGACUUUGACUGAAGAUAGCCUUCAAAAUACCCCUUUGCUGCUGGCUGCUUUAGGUGGAAGAGAACAAAUGGUCACUUUAUUGGUUAAUCUUGGUGCAGAUGUGACAUUUGUCAACCAGCAAGAGAAUGGGGUGAUAGAAAUUUGCGCACGUUAUGGGCACCUCAAUCUUAUUAAAUAUUUUGUUAACCUUGAUAACCCAAGGUUAAACGUGUGGAAGAGGCUGGUUGCAAUCUUGGAGUCCGACGUAGAGAAUGACAUCCUAUGUGCUUGUGAUAUCAUUUUCAAGAUGACAACCCGGGCAGAUGAUGUGUUGAGUUACAGCAUGGACCAUUUUGUAGAUGGUGGGUUAGUCUUGGGUCUCAUCGGCAUGCUUAAUAAAAACUUGGCGGACGAUGUAAAAAAAUCUGCUCUAAAUGUACUGAAAAGUAUCCUGAGCAACAAUCUUGCGAAAAGACAGUUAAUGGAAAACAAGGGAACUGAAGUCCUUGUGUCUCUGCUUCUCAAGAAGUCAUCUAAUCUUCUCCCUGUCUUGAUGGAAACUGUCUGUGAAUUGGCUUCAGAAAAAGACUUUACUGAAUCCUACUCUGUCAACAUUCUCCCAGCACUUGUAAAAGUAAUUUCUAAUAUUACUUAUGAGAACAAAGAUUCUGUUUUGCUGCCAGCUUUCAAGGCUAUUGGGUUGCUGGCUCGAAGUUCAGCAGUCUAUCAAGAAGCUAUUGGGAAACAAGCAGGUCUCAUUUCAGUGUUAGUGCAACUCUACAAGGAAUGUCAAUCAGAAACCCUGCUAGUAUCCUGGAGUGCAGCUGUAGGUGCUGUCGCUGGGGAGAACCCCCCAAAUCAGAAUGCAUUCAUUAACGAGAACAUUGUGUUCUACCUUCAUGAGAUGUUAAGAUCCAGAUACAAAGAUGUAAAGCUGUCUGCAGUGAAAACUCUGAGCAGACUUGCAGAUGGAAAUGGCCAAGCACAGAAGACGAUCAUAGAAUCCAAUGUCGUUACCCCCAUAAUGCAGCUACUGAAACGGAACCAGUCGCAGCACACGCAGGAGGUCAUUGUGGAGACUAUGUGGGUUUUAGCUGGAGUUGAUUCAGAAACACAAAGAACGAUUGCAGCCAGAAUCGGUGUCAGUUUAUUGGUUGAGUUUCUUGCAUCGCCCUCAUCCAAACUCAACCUCAUAGGGACCCGAGGUCUCAGUGUUCUGCUACAAGGCCCAUACGAUCUUAGAGGUGCAGUGGCAUCGUCCAACGGGGCCCAUCAUCUGGUGCAACUUCUUAGGUCCAACAGAGAAGAUGUGGUGCUAAGUGCUGUCCAGGCUCUUCGACACAUAUGUCUAGGAGUGGGUUACAUUCCUCAUAAUAAAAACCAGACCAUGGUGGCCGUCUCUAGGGGACUAAAGCUCUUGAUCGCACUGAUGACGCAAUCUCAGUCUGAGUGUAUCCAGGUGGAGGCAGCACUUGCAAUAGCAGCAUCGGUCCAGGGGCACCCGAGGAACCUCAACAUUGUCUGCAAGAAUGCAGGGUUCAGUUAUAGUCCCAUACUCCAGCUGCUGGCUUCACCAAAUGAAGAGGUCCGUCUAUUGGCUGGAGAAGCUUUGGCGACAUUCGCUUUCAACAGUUCAAGUCAGCAGAAGGCGAUCACACACUGCGGAGGAGUCCAGUGGUGCAACUUUGCACCUUUCCUGGAAUCGGCCAAUGCAAGCUACAGAGCCCAUGCAGCUUUCCAGCUUGUUGUUCUGGCAAAAAUAAUUCCAGAUAAAGAUCCAUCUUAUUCCAGUGCUACAGGAAUUCAAACUCUGGUGGGUGUUCUGGAGAGUUCGGGUUCCAAUAACACCAUCGCUCUGGCUGCAGACUGUGUGGCUCGAUUAUCUCAUAGCCGGACAGGUGUUUCUGAAGCAAUGGUCUCCAUUGAUGUUGUGAACUUGCUGUGUCAACUUCUAUCAAGUGCAUCAGACCAAGUUCAGGGCUCUGCAGCCAUUGCACUUAAUUUCUUGAGUUUCAAUCACGUAGGAGAAAGGCAGUUAUUAAAGAGAUUACGAGAAGAUCCACAUCUAAUGAAGGCUUUAAUGUAUUACAACAAGAAACAAAAAUGGCCGACACAUUUUCUCCAAAGAUGGACUCAUAUCAGAGAGCUGAAUUUGACUCUCAACAGGAACAGGAAAAAAUUUCUACAGUCAUCUGCCGCCUACACCAUGACCAAGUCAAAGAACCGAUCAGGAGGACAAACUGCUGCGUUUUACACUUGAAGAAGCUCAAGACGCCAGGACUGACCAUGGCUGACCCACAACUAGGACUAGAACCUUUGAGUCUUCUGUGAGACCCCUUGUAAAUGAGUCGCUUCAUAUUUUCACGAAUUAUUCCUGUUACUAUUGUUUUUUUUGUUGGAUUUUGUAAGAAAUAAGUUGUGUUUCUAAAUAAACUAUCUAGAAACUUGUA